UGUGCGCCUGCGCCGCGGCUGCCUGUCUCCCUCCCGUAAGAAAAAAAAACCCUGAACGUAGUGAAGUGGUGGUGGCAGCGGGGAUUCCGGAAGGCCACCCUUCACCCGGAAAUGGUUGUUGAGGAACAUGGCGUUGCUGGUGCGAGUCCUUAGGAACCAGACUAGCAUCUCCCAGUGGAUUCCAGUAUGCAGCCGAUUGCUACCAGUGUCUCCUACCCAAGGACAGUGGAGCCGGGCUCUGUCUGGCACUUCCCAGUUGCCCCAGAUGAGCCAAUCCAGAACCUGUGGUGGGUCAGAACAGAUUCCUGGAACAGAUGUGCAGCAAAGUAGGAAUUAUCACACCACAAAUAAGCUUUCUGCUACCAAGGAUUCCCUACAGCCUGUUGAAGAGAAGGUUGGUGCUUUCACGAAGAUAAUAGAAGCCAUGGGAUUCACAGGACCAUUGAAAUACAGUAAAUGGAAAAUUAAGAUUGCAGCCCUGCGCAUGUAUACUAGCUGUGUGGAGAAAACUGACUUCGAGGAAUUCUUUCUAAGGUGCCAGAUGCCUGAUACUUUCAAUUCAUGGUUUCUUAUAACCCUACUUCAUGUUUGGAUGUGUCUAGUCCGAAUGAAGCAGGAAGGCCGGAGUGGGAAAUAUAUGUGUCGUAUCAUAGUUCAUUUUAUGUGGGAAGAUGUUGAGCAGCGUGGCAGAGUCAUGGGGGUUAAUUCUUAUGUCCUGAAGAAGAACAUGAUCCUCAUGACAAAUAAUUUCUAUGCAGCAAUCUUGGGAUACGAUGAGGGGAUCCUUUCAGAUGAUCAUGGGUUGGCUGCUGCCCUCUGGAGAACCUUCUUCAACCAGAAAUGUGAAGACCCCAGACAACUUGAAUUGCUGGUGGAAUAUGUGAGGAAACAGAUGCAGUACCUGGACUCCAUGAACGGUGAGGAUCUGCUUCUGACAGGGGAGGUGAACUGGCGCCCUCUGGUGGAGAAGAAUCCACAGAGCAUCCUGAAGCCCCAUGCUCCCACUUAUAAUGAUGAGGGUCUUUGAGAGGCUGGUCCCUCCAGACAGGUGGCCAGCUGGCUUUGAGGAACCUCAGCAAGAGAAGUGCCUGUUUGGCUCAGGAUCCUGCAGAAAGUGGCCUGAACUGACCUUUGAACAGCAGCUGUCAAAUACCUGGCCCCAUUUAUGUUGUUUCCUCUUAGUGUGCCCUGGAGUCUGAUCUGCUUGGGGGUAAUAGUACAGGGAAAACCCCUAGCUCUUCUGACACAUCCUCAAGAGGAUCCCCAAGAAAGAGCACCCUGAAGCACAUACUCCCCAAGUCCUUCCAGCACCACUUGUGACUGACAGCUCUUCCUAGAGGCUUACCAAGGGCUGGGGUAGGUUAGAAAGGAGAUACCUCUAUCAAGGGCUUGCUGUAGCCUAGGAGCAGUUUGCAGUGCUGCCGGGCCAAGACAGGUAGCCAUACUCUGUCCCCCAGCUUUGAGACAUAGGGUUGAGUUGGCCAUUAAAAGAAACAGAGACUUAUCUCUGCCAUGGUUUUUAUUUAUUCCAGGAUCUUUUAGGAACUUCUGUGAGGUGAUGGAUGCCAUAGGCUAAGGAGCACUGCCCAACUCAGUUAAAGACAGAGAGAGAGGGGAGAGGUCAGAUAGUCUCUGCUGCCGCCGAUGCCUCUGGUUCUCAGAGAUGUGUCACUCUGGCCAACACACAGUCUGCGAGGCCAUCCUCUGGUAGCCAGGAGAGGUCUAAUGGCCAAGGGGACUUGUGGCAUCCUAAGUCAUUUAAAGAGGCCUCAAGAACAAAGGUCCCUUUGUUAACCCCCAGUGAACAGAGUGAAAAAUAUGCUGUCUUUCCUCUCUUGGGCCUCCCCUUUUAUGAGAUAUGGGGACAAAAAGAACAUUCUUCCUGGCCUCAUUGUACCUUCCCUCGACCCAGUCCCAUGCCCAGCUCUCUUUCCUUUUCCAACCCUGGAAAAUGUGCUGCAGAGCCACCUUGUCUGAGCACUGGAGUACCAGUUCCCCUCCUCCCUUGGAGUGUGGAUCAUUUUUGGGGGGAUUUUCUUAAAUUGAAGAAAGGGGGCGGGGAACCAUCUUGCCCCUCCUUCCCCCAUCAAAAGUCCUUCACUGAACUUGCUAUAAAAUGAGUCAUAUAAAGAAACUCUAUACGGGUGAGGUAUAUCCCACUUCUGUGAAAACAUUACAAAUCAAACCGCCUUCUCUUGGUUUAUUUAAGAUGCUUUUGUUGCAAGCGGAGCUCCAGAGUGAAGCCUCCUCUGUGUGUGUGAGAUAAUAACACCUUGUAACUCAUUACAGCUGGGCACUAUUUACAUAAACCAGAGCUGAGCCAGGCAGGAAUUUGCUGAUUAAUUUAUUUUUAAUGGAGUGAAGUAUACCAUGCACCAAAAUAAACUUUACUGUGUGUACCUAACUGCUCCUGGAAUGGAUGGAAAAAUUAAUGGAACAGAUUUUGGCUCCCAGCUCUGCACAUUAAUUCAUAUAUAAAAGUUAUUUGAGCAUUAACCCAUUUGCUGCCCAGAAGCUCCCUAACCACAGAUCCCAGCUCACAUCAGUUUAGCUACUUACUGGGCUUCCUUUAGAAUUCCAGCACCUCAGCUUGGGAAGGAACUUUAAAGGUCACUUGGGUCAGCCCUGGUCCAGAACUUGAUUGCCCUUCAUAACAUCCUGGUUGGACUAUGUUCUUGCAAGUUCUAGCUGAAUCUCUCCAGCAGCAAAUAGAUGGUCCUUGCUUGCAGAGCCUGUAUCCACAGGAUUCAGUAAUCAUCAGACACAGCAACUCGUGACAUUUCAAGCAAUGUUUGAAAGAGCCAGAUUGGAUCUGUCAUGUCUCUGAUGUCCUGAUGCCAACCUGUUUCCCCUUCAAGAUAAAAAGCCAAUGACUUAGA